AUGAGUCAAAAGAAGCGUGAACGUAAAGGGAAGGAAAUUUUAUACUGGAAGGAUGUACCUCCAACUAAUGACGUAACUCCAGGGGGCGGUGUAUAUGCUGCGAAGAAUUUACGACUAACGAACAACAACGACAUACGGCAUACGGAACUAUUACCUGAGGGGCCGAAUAUUUUUGAUGACAGUGAUAAUAGGUGUACUUGCAAGGCCCCCGAAAUUGAUAUAUCACGCAAUGGGAAUGUAAAUAAUGAAAAUAAGCACAAUACGUUCGGACAAUUUGAUAAUCUUGAUCCAUUAUUUGAUUUUAUUUUGUAUGAUGGUUAUACGGA